CUGUGGCGCGCGGUCGGCCGGCGUUCCUGGCUGCCAUGGAGAUGGGGAGCCCGGCUCUGCAACGUCAUCGGCCGCGGACCGGGGCGACGCGCGGCUGUGCGACCGGCCCGCCCCGGGGAGGCGUCAGAGGAGCGAUGGCGCGCUGCAGCCCGGAGAAGCUGUCCGCUGCCUGGAACACCCUGAGCUUGGGCCUGGUGCCCGCCUCCGCCUUGGGGCUGGCUGCUCCAAGAUCUGGUACCGAUGCGUCGAUAGGGGAAAGCGAUCUGAAAAUAGCCUUGGAUGUGCUCCGUGACUGUGGCCUGCAUACAGUGGUGGAAGAAUGGUUCAUCGAAGUCUUACAGAUGGAUCUGCAGAGGAACAUUGCUCCAGAGUUCUGGAAUGGCAUCAACCAACAGGAGAAUGCUGUUGAAGAGCAGGAAUGUGUACUGCUCUUACUGGACACCUUCCGUCUCCUCUUUUCCCGUUUAGAACCAUACCUAAAAAGCCUGGAGACCCUUGGUAGGUGGGCAGACAUGGGCUUCUUGCAUGGCUCAGAUUCCCAGAUUUUGAGGGAUAAAGUGUUCACCAUGUUUAAAGCUAUCCUCUUCUAUUCCACCUCCAAGACUUUCCAAAACAUGGUUCAGCAGUUUUAUAGUCGGACGUUUAAGAUUUACAUGAGGCAGAAGAAGAGGGGGAAUGAUAGUGUCACCGACUGUGACAGCAGCAUGAACGAGCAGGAGAGCGAUUCUGAGGACCCUGUGGUAGAGAACUCUUACUGUGCUGGUUGUGAGAGCCCUAAGGACCAGUGCUGGUGCAGCACUGCCAUGGAGCAGUUUCAGCAGCUCAAUAGCAUCUUCCACAGGUUGAAUCUGCUGGAGAGAGUUUGUUCAGAUGCAGUCACCACAAUUCUGCACAAGAUGAUCGAGCAGAGAAUGGAGAAGAGAUGCCGUGGAGACUACGAGAGAUCCUUUCUUACUGAAUUUUUAGAGUGGAUAGAAAAGGUGAUUGGCUGGCUCAGUAAGGUCUUCCUGCAGGAUGAGACAUCUCAAGCCUCCAAACUUAAAGCUAUGAGUACCCUGAAACGGUGGCGUUGUCAUGUUCAGCGAUUCUUCUACCGCCUGUAUGCUAGCAUGCGCAUUGAUGAACUCUUCUGCAUUAUCCGAGAUUUUCCUGACUCUAAACCAGCCAUCAAGGAUUUAAAGUACUGUCUGGAGCGGACCAAUCAGAGGCAGGAACUGCUUUCGAGCCUGAAAUCUGCUCUAGAGACCAGGUUGCUGCAUCCCGGUGUGAAUACAUCCGAUAUCAUCACCCUAUACAUUUCUGCCAUUAAAGCUCUGAGAGAGCUGGAUCCUUCUAUGGUGAUUCUGGAGGUGGCCUGUGAGCCAAUCAGGAAGUACUUGAGAACACGAGAGGAUACCGUGCGACGAAUUGUAGCUGGCUUAACGGGAGACGCCGAAGGGGAUUUGGCCAAUGAGCUGUCUAAGGCUGAUCCUGUGGUCCUAGAGAAUGGUCAAGAGAGCGAUGAUGAUGUUUCUGACCCAGAGGAUUGGGUGCCAGACCCUGUUGAUGCCGAUCCUGGUAAAAGUGGCUCCAAGCGCCGUUCCUCCGACAUAAUCAGCCUUCUGGUCAGUAUUUACGGCAGCAAAGAGCUUUUUAUUAAUGAAUACAGAACCCUCCUUGCUGAUAGACUGCUCCACCAGUUCACCUACAGUUCUGAGAGAGAAAUUCGUAAUGUAGAAUUGCUGAAGCUGCGUUUUGGAGAGGCUCAGAUGCAUUACUGCGAGGUCAUGCUAAAGGACAUGGCAGAUUCUCGCCGGAUCAAUGCAAAUAUACGUGAUGAGGAACAAAAGCUCCCAGAGGAAGAACGGCUUCCAUUUAACCUGGUGGCGGUUAUCCUUUCAAGUGAGUUUUGGCCAGCCCUAAAGGAGGAGAAGCUCGAACUUCCAGAACAGAUUAAAGAAACCAUGGAUAUGUUCACUAGGAGAUAUGAGAAGCUCAAGGCGAUGAGGACCCUAAACUGGAAGCACCACCUUGGGUUGGUGACUCUGGAUUUAGAGCUAGCUGACCGCACGCGAUCUUACUCCGUGUCCCCUGUACAUGCUGCCAUCAUACUAAACUUUCAGAAUAAAAGUACCUGGACCUUAGAAGAGCUGAAUGAGGUGUUGAAGGUACCUGUUGCUUCCUUGCGGAGGAAAAUGACCUUCUGGCUCCAGCAAGGUGUUCUCCGUGAAGACCCUCAAGGGACAUUCAUAGUUAUCGAGGAGGAGCAGAAAGACCAGGUGGAGAAAGUGGUCUUAUUAGAUAGUGAUGAAGAAGGGGACUCAGCGAUGGCUUCACAGGCUGAUCAGAAAGAGGAGGAGAUGCAGCUCUUCUGGACUUACAUCCAGGCCAUGCUGACCAAUCUGGAGAGCUUGCCACUGGAGAGGAUCCACAGUAUGCUAAAGAUGUUUGUAAUGACUGGUCCUGUGGUGACAGAGAUAGAUAUUCAGGAGCUCCAGGGCUAUCUGCAGAAGAAAGUCAGUGACCAACAGCUUGUGUACUCUGGAGGGGUUUACAGGUUACCCAAGAACUCCAGCUAACGUUCAGACACCAUAGUUGAGAUGCACAGACUUUUUCAUUUUUUGUUUACCAGCAUUUGAAAGUGGUCAAGGCCUGCGAUCAGCACUGAGAAUACCUGGACAGAUCUUGUGCUUUGUCUGUCUGGUUUAGAGUUUUCUGAAUUUUGUGUAACUGGUUCUAUAAAAUUUACAUUUUUGGACCUCUAACUUGAAUUUGAAGUAUUGGUUACUCUAGACUUUGACAGUAUUGAAGGAAAAAUCUGAGCAAUCUCUGAUAAUGGGCCCCAGGGCGUAGAAACUAAAGCCUUACUUCAGGUUUUAGGGAACAUACAGUUUAUACAACGCCCACAUUCACAGCAUGUGAUGGUGAAGUAAAUAGUUCAUUUGGACCACCUCGGUCCAACCAAACUGUUUAAACCUCACUGGGAAUCGGCUUUAAAGCUGAAAUUUUUAGCACCAACGAAUCUAGUUAUGUGUUUACAUUUGAUUAUAGAUAUGUUCUUGAACCUGUCUUGGUAUCAUCCCCUGCACAGCAGCACUCAGACUGGAAGAGGAAAGGACAGCAGCUGGAGCCAGUCAGGCUUUGCUGCAUGAAAAUUUGCUGACAGUAAGAGCAAGCAAAGCAAUGACAUCGGUUGCAGUACUUUCUGUCACUGGCUGAAGGGGGAGAGGUGACUUAGGAGUCAAAACAUCAAAUGUAUGAGUACAAUGUCUGUGAUUUUGGUGUUUAAGUGGUUAAACUGUAUUGUAUUCAUGGAGAAUUAUUCAAACUACUAAUUUUGACGCCCAUAAAGCAUCGUAUAGCUGCAUUCUGGGACUUCUGAAUGAAGAUCUUAUAUGAAUAGUGCUUGGCUGUAGCUGUAAACAAGCCAGCACUGUCUUUAAGGUCAGCAUUCUUAGACUGGAGAUCAAAAAGGAAACUUGUCAUGACAAAAAUAUGGGCAAUGCUUUUGCUGACCUGAAAAUUCUAAUUGCAUGGCUGUCUUUGGUUCAGUACUUUAUUUAGAGUUGUAAUAAUGGAGUUGCUUUUCUAAAACUGGAGAGUUCAAAAUCUGGAGCAGCUGUGUAUGUCAGCCAAUCGGCUUUCAGUAUUUUUUGUCAAAGCUUAAUUGAACAAGCUGAGUGACUAUCAUGCACAGCUGCACCAGAUUGUGCGCAGUCCAGGUUUAGUAAAUCAACACCACUGUGACAAUCAUCCAGCAAGUGCAGUCACAGCACCUGAUCCACAUACCUCUUCCAGGACAGUGACUCGCAUUUCUGAAACCAGAACAACCAGGUAACUAGAAUUUUAAGGAUGGGUUCACAUCAAUGCGAUUCCAGAUAUUGCAUGUGAUUUGCAUUGCUGAGCACAUCACAUGCAAUGUUUGUGCCAUGCAAAUUCAGCCAUACAAUUUGUAUGGUUGAAAUCGCAACGCAUUUGCACCAAAAUGGUGCAGGACCCUUUUUUUGGUCUGCACUGGAAUCUAAAUGCAUGGGUGUUCAUAUCUAUGCAAUCUGAUUCAACAGUUCGCACUGCAUUAUGUGAAGUUAUCUGGGGGUGUCACUUCCUUUCUAUUGACAUCUGCAGUGGAUUGCAGAGAACAGUGUAAAUUGCCUGCGAGUCAGAUGCGAUGCGGGAACCCCCCCACAGGAAUCGCGCUGGUUUCAGCAUUGCACCAGUGUGAACCGAUACCUUAUCCUUAAUGACAUUUUCCAUUAAUAGCUUUAGGGGUACUGUAAGAACUUAUGAAAUGUUUUUUUUUUUUUUUGUACACUGUCACUUUUGCAUAAAAUAGAAAAAUCAUUUUGUAAUUAAAAGUUACUGAAAUGUU